AUGCGUGCGCAUGAUCAGCGCAUUCAGUUUGCCAUGGAGCGAAGGGAGGAUGCCAUUGAGUCCUACAAGCGGAACGAUCUGAUCGGCGCUGAUGAAGCCUAUGGCGAGGUGAUCCAAAUGGUCACCCUGCUCGAGAAGCCCCAAGCACACGGACGUCCGCGAUCCAUUUCUGGGCAAGACAGGGAGGAGCAGUUGCUGGCGGAUUGCCUCUCCAACCGUGCGCAGUGCAUUUUAGAUAUGGCGCAGGGCAAAGGUGUGCUUCCGGACGGGACGCCUUUCUCUUCACAGUUUCACGAGAAGGAACAUUUCGAGUAUUUCAAGCGCCAAGCCUUGAAGCAGGCGGAAGAAUGUGCUGAGAAGGCCUGCCUCGUCUGGUGCGAUGAUCGGAGCCUCUACCGCCUGGGCUUGGCUCGGAAGCUCACCGCGGAGUCGGCCAAGGCCGAAACCUUUUUGGUGCUGAAGGAGGACAGUAACGAGAUCAUGAAAGAUGCUGGCAGGUGCUUUCUGAAAGCACUCAGGGCGCGGCCAAACGCUCAAACACAGAAGGCGCUGGAUGAGGUGAAAGAUUGGCUCGCGCGGCGGGAUGUCUUUAGCCUCUACCCAGAGUACGUUUGA